GAGUGUGUCAAACGGUUCUUACUGUCAGAUUGCUCCUCCUAAUAUUGAACUGGAAUCUCUUCCUGCGAUUUGCAUCCAUUGCUCCAUGUCCUGUUCUCUGGAGCAGUAGAAAAUAAGCUUGCUCCACCCUCAAUGUGACAUCCCUUCAAAUACUUAAACAAGGUUAUCAUAUCACCUCUUAACCAUCUCUUCUCCAGGCUCAACAUGCAGCAUGCACAUAACUAGUUCAAGGUCCCUCAGUAAACUUCAUGGUCAUGUCAAAAUUUGAACCUUGGUCUACUGAAUGUACACCAGCAUGGUGUUGAUAACAAAACUGGUUGCCCACUCCAAGAUAAAGUCUGGAGAACGCAUCAGAGUGAAAGGCAAAGUGUACUAGAGGCCACAAGAAGGAACUGACCAGUCAAUGGGGCCAAAAAGAGCAAAACUCUCUCUUCCUGGCGAGACAGAUGGGGCUAACACUCGGACUCCCAUCCAGGCUCUCUGCGAGGAAGCUCUUUGUCCCAUCUGCCUGGGAUAUUUCAGGGAUCCAGUGAUGACAGAGUGUGGGCACAAUUUCUGUAAAUCCUGCCUGGCUCCAUGGUGGGAGAAGUCAGACCAAGACGCCUCUUGCCCUCAGUGCAGAGAAAAGAUCCAGGAAAUAAAAAUGAGGCCAAAUCGCAAGCUGGCUAGCUUUGUAGAAAUAAUCAAGAGAUUUAGUCUUCCAGGGCCAAAAGAGGAAGAAAGAAAAGGGAAAGUCUGUGAGAAACACCAGGAGCCCCUGAAAAUGUUUUGUGAGGAUGAUGAAAUCUCUAUCUGUGCAGUGUGUGACAGAUCCAAGGAGCACCGAGAUCAUGAAGUGAUUCCUCAGGAGGAAGCUUACCAAAAAUACAAGGAUUUGCUCUGUAUUCGUUUGGAGGAUCUGAAGAAGGAGAGAGAUGGCAUUUUGGCAAAUAAAGCAGCAACAGAAAGAGAGGGCCAAAACCUACUUGUAAGUGUAAAUAUUAUUGUUACAGUCGGAGGUUGGGAGGAGCUGGUCGGGAUCCAGAGUUACCAUUACUGUUGGGUGAAGGGAAAAGAGGCGCGGAGGGCAGCAGCGCCAGAGGCCUCAAGCCCGGCACCAGCACCCGGCCUCCUCGCCGCCGCUACAGCCAUGGAAGGGGCAGGUGUCGGUGCUGGGGCCCUCUUGGCUCCAGCACCGGUAUCGCAGCCCUUCCACGGCGGCGGAGGCAUGGAGGAGGCCGGAGCCGGCGCUAGAGGCCUGAGGCCUCUGGCGCGGUGGCUCUGCCUCCUCACCGCCACCGCGGAAAGGCCCGGGGGCGGUGCUGUUGGGGGCCAAGAGGCCUCCAGCACGGCCAUCGCGCCCUUUCACGACAGCGGCGAGGAGCCAAGACUUGGCCUCUGCCGCCACUGCUGCCACCCGGCUUGCCUGCAGUGGUGGUGGCGGAGCAAAGUGAAGGAGACUUUUGAGGACCCAGGAGCUUUCCCUCCAGAGCUGAGGUUUAAGAUCUGGGACUUGACUGAUAUUAACUCCUUACUGGAUGGCAUCAUGAAGCAAUUCAAAGAUGCAUUGCUGUAUGGAUUUCAGCUGCACAAAGUAAUGGUAACUCUGGAUUCAGACACAGCUCAUCCCAAACUCAGACUGUCUGAGCAUCAUAAAAGUGUAACAUGGAGUGAGAAAAGUAAAAUAGUCCCUACCAAUACGAAGAGAUUCACCACAAAUCCUUUUGUGCUGGGAAAGGAACAAUUCACCACUGGGAGACAUUUCUGGGAAGUCCUUGUGGGAAACGAAGACCAGUGGAUCGUUGGGGUCGCCAGGAAGUCUGUGAAGAGAAAUGGUGACAUUAUCUAUGGAACUGAGGAAGGGAUCUGGGCUGUAGGGAAAUGGAAAGGUCAGUACAGGGCGGUCAACCAUCCUCAUUACUUGCCUGUGUCUCCAAAUGGGAAGCUCGAGAAGAUUCGAGUUUCUCUGAACUGUGCUGGUGGGCGAGUGGCCUUUUAUGAUGCCAGUACAGGAGACCAUCUUUACACAUUCUCUGGAGCCUCAUUCUCAGGAGACACUCUCUUGCCCUUCUUUCAAGUGUAUGGCCAAGGCUGUAUCUGAGUUUCUCCUUAGGGCUGCUCAGCCAGCUGACCUUCAAAGGCUUUCCUCCCCAGAUCAGGGUGACUGAAUCAAUGAUCUGUUGGUCAAGAGCCCUUUUCCAACUUCUACCAGAAAGUGUUUUGGUUCCAAUCCCUAAAAUCCUCCUCCACCCAUUCAGAGGAUGAGUUCUAAUUUUCUCCCCCUCUUCUCAAGAUUUCUCUCAGGAAGUUUGUUCUUAGAGGAUUAAACAGGCAGUGUGCCAAGAAGUUUGCGAGAUUAUAAAGUUACGUACAGGCUUUAUGUUUAGUAAGGAAUAGAAUUUCAUGGAGGAAGCUAGAAAUGUUUUGUUGUUUCGUUAUAGUUUGAAAUCCUAACUAUCGUUAAUUUCACAAAUGUGCCAAGUAUAUUCUCCAAAAAGUCACAGGUUCAAUCAGUGAAGUCAAUUUUCUGGAGAGGUUUGAACGAGAAAAUGUUCUGGAAAUGUUUCCCUCGCUUUUUAAUAUCGAUAAAAUGUUACAUUCAAACACAUUCAAAGCUUUAUGAGGAAAUUCUUUUGUUGAAAUAUCUGUAAUAUUAUUAAAAGAACAGAUGUUAUAUCCUUUU